AUGACAGAGAGUGAGAGAAACGCAACCUCUACAGACACUCAGGAAGUGUCUGCUCAGGAGAAUGAGAGACGCCUUAAAGAUCUCAACAAGUCGGAUAAAGACACAUCCAAACUGUUGAAAAAGUCUGAAAAGGAUUACAAAAAUGCAGAGAAGCAUUUAAGGGAUGCAGAAAAGGCGGAAAGUCAAGCGACCAAGAACAUCGACAAGACAAUGAAAGAACAACAGAAAGCAGAAAAGAAAAAGAUCGAUGCAGAAGCUCAAUUCAACAGAGCGAACAUGUUCUCAGAUAACGCCAAGAAGGAACUCGAUCAGGCUAAAGAGUUGCACGAGAAGCGUAAAGCUGAAUUUGAGCAAAUAACAACUGAUCGACAAAAUGCACGAGAGAGACGUAAUCGCGUCGAACAAGAACUUAAUAAACGUAAAUCUGGUUAA